GACCCGGUAAUUGGCAUCGCUUUUCAUAUUUUUCAUUUAAAAAAAUAUCUUGAAUUGCAUUCAAAAUUUUUUGAAAAGCGAUGCCAAGCUAAGAACUUCGCACAUCUUCAAUUUUAUCUAAAAUAUGAUUGCUUUAAAUUAUUUUGAGCAAUUUUCUUGGAUUAGAUUGAAGAUACUAAUAAAAUAUGGACAAAGAUAUUCUGGUUAAUUUUUUGUUUUUAUAUUUUUUUUUUUAUAUGAAACUAAAAUAUCUUUGAUACAGAUAUUUAUUAGUUAGUAUAUUUAUUGUGUAAUACGCUACUUUCGAUGUGAAGAUCUGCAUAUCUUAGAUUUAAGUUCUUGUUUUGAAUAUAAUAUAAGAUUUCGAAUUAGAAUUUGGAAUAAGUUAAUUUAAGGUAUCAUCAAUGGACAUCAAUGGACAUCAAUAGACAUCAAUAGACAUCAAUGGACAUCAAUGGACAUCAAUGGACAUCGAUGGACAACGUUGAACCAUGUCGUUGCAUCACGACCGAGAUGCAAUCGACAAAACGUGCCUUGGUAACGCACAAUAUCGCGAUUCGUCUAUUUCUGCAACCGUAUCAGGCAUCAGUUGGACACGCACGACGAAUAGGUGCGGGUCACUGCAUUGACAGCCGGGCUCGUGGCAAUUUGGUUGCUGUCUAAAACACUGGACGUGGCUGUAAUUGGAAUGUCCACAUGAAGCUGAUGAAGUUUUUGCUUCGUUACUUUCCACCAGGCCUCGCCUUGGAGUAUACUCAAGGUGGAGAUAUCAAGACGAAAAUGAUCGAUCUUCUGGAUUUGUCUGCCGAAACGGACAUAAGAGCAUUAGCGGAGAGCAUAAAAGCGGCCGAGCCUGUAAUAACCGAAAGUGUAAUGGAGCAGUUAGUGGAGACCCUGCAGAAGCUGCAAGCCAAAGUUUGCGAUACAAACCCUAAACGUUACUACAAAUACAAGACCUUGCAGACCCAUCUUCUGCCCCUCACGAAUAUCGCGUUCGAUAAACUAGGUAAAAGAUGCUUGACAGGCAGCUAUGACAGAACGUGUAAAGUUUGGGACAUUGACAGUGGAACGGAGCUUCUUACUCUCGAAGGCCAUAAGAAUGUGGUCUACACCGUGUCCUUCAACAACCCAAUUUCAGACAAAAUCGUAACGGGUUCCUUCGACAAAACCGCAAAAAUUUGGUGUUCUCGAACGGGUCACUGCACGACAACUAUGAGGGGUCACAAUGCUGAAGUAGUUGUCGCCAAAUUCUCGCCAAUUUAUACGAAGAUUGCAACUGGAUCUUUAGACAUGACGUCAAGAAUAUUUGACAUAACAACAGGUGAGGAAUUAGGGAUAUUGAGAGGUCACACUGCAGAAAUAAUCGCUUUACACUUCAAUAACGAUGGAAAUCAAAUAAUAACGGGUUCAUUCGACGGCACUGUCAGUAUUUGGGAUACAAGGAUUCUCACUCGCGUAUGCGUGUUGAUCGGCCAUCGAUCCGAAUUAUCGAACUGCAUUUACAACUUCGAUUGCUCGUUGAUCGCCUCGUCGUCGAUGGAUAAAACGGCCAAAGUGUGGGACACGAAAAUGAACUCGUGCCUGGUCACAUUUCGAGGACACGAUGACGAGGUCCUGGACCUGACCUUCGACAACAAUGGGAAAAAGUUGGCCACUGCGAGCAGCGACACCACGGCCAGAGUUUGGGAUGUGAGCACCAAUUUCAAGCAGCUGGCCUUGAUGAAGGGUCAUCGAGAAGAGGUUUCCAAAGUGUGUUUCAGCCCAAAUAGUCAACAUUUAUUGACAUCAUCUUUGGACAGAACGUCGAAAUUGUGGUCUUUGGAAAAUGGAUGCUGCAUACAGACGUUAGAUGGUCACACAGACGACGUGUUCAGUUGUGCAUUUUCUUAUAAUGGCGAUACCAUUAUCACAGCGAGUAAAGAUAACACUUGCAUGAUUUGGAGAUGACUCGAUUGGUUUCAGGUGUGCCCUUAGCUCUUACUUGUCAUUUUGUUCAUUGUUUAUGUCGUAUAUUUUUAUGCACUUUAAAAUGUUAUUCAUUCUUUUUUAUUCAUUUUAAGGUUGAAUACUUUCUUAAAUGUUUUUUAAUUGAAAUAAAAGUAUUUUUUUUUAAAUAUAAUUUGAAUUUAUCAAAUCUAUAGCAAAAGUUGUACAAGAGGAAUCCUAACAUUUUUGUAAGUGAUUUUUAAAUAAUUUGAGAUUCAAAUAGAAAUAAGUAAUGCGGAUGUAAGGAAAAAGAGAGAAGAAAUAUCUACACAAAACAUUCAAUCACAUAAAUUAAUCAUAAAUUACAGUAGAUAGUAAAAGCACUAUUGCUUGAAACAAAAUUAUUUGUAAUUAAAUUCUAUAUUCAAAUCUAAAUUUUAAAUAUUUUAAAUAAACAGUUUAUACAAAUUAGUAUCUAUUUGGAAUAUCUUAUGAUUUAUUAUCCAAUUGUAAUAUUCUUAGCAUAAAAUAAAUGUAAUUCUCGAAACUCAACAACGUUACAAAUUGUAAUAGGUAUUAUUCCAGUGUUUCUCAAAGAUGGCCAUUAUCAUCUUUCAUCGACUUUAAAAAUCUUUAUUCCAAAAUAAUUACACUGGCAUAUUUUAAAAAGAUGUCAGAACAGAUGUUGUUUAUUCAUUCAAGAGGAAUAAAAUGCAAUCGAAUCAACACGAGAAUAAUCUUUUUUGCAAAAAGAGGAUUGCAGCCAAGAAGGAAGUUGAGAAACACUGUGCACAAUGUUUAUUUUACGCGUAAUGUCCUAAUAUCCGCAAUCCAAUUGUAAAUAACAAAAUGAGCUUAAUUGUACGGAAUGCAAUAUCUCCGCGAGUGAAUUGUUUGGAGAGCGCAAUUAUUCACACAAUUUCUAAAUAUAUUAAAUGAAACGUACGUUACGAGGUGUAACGAGGAGAUGGUAUUUGUUAGCAAAACGGGUUUCCAUCAAAACCCAGAGAAACCCACCGGCGUCGUUUUAUAUAACUCACGCAGCAGAAUACUUGUGGCGGGACGUUUAAUUAAAAGUCGCACCCUUUAAAGAGGUGGUGUUGCACACCCGUUGCAUUGCACGGCAAUUAAAACAAUAUCGCGUUCUAAAAAUUGCGUAACUCUACACAGUCAGCAUUAUCAAGAGCGAUUAAGUGGCGGGUUAAGGAGACGAUUAUAAUAAUUUUUCGAAACGAACACUCGUUCGUGAUCCUCGUUCCAACAACGAACGCUUGGCUGUUUCUUCUUCCGUUAUGGAUAUAUAAUUUUGGAUAUUCAAUUUUUUUUGCAGCUAGGAAGAAACUGACUGAGAGUUUUCAAAAAUUUCGAAGAGAGUUUCUUGAUGGAUAAAUAAUAAAGUACAGUUAUCCAAUUCGGAUAUAAUUAUAAUUCAUUAAUAAUUCAUAGAGUUGAGUUUCAAUCUUCGAUGGAAAGUUUGUGAAAAGGAUGAAUCAGGAAUGAAUGUUAAUUUUGAUAUUCGUAAUAUUUUUUUAUCUGUGAAUGAACAAGGGAAAGAUUUUGAAAAUACGAUACGAAAUCCUGCGUUUUGGAGAUGGUAUUCUCCAAGUUUUUGCUGUAUUGAAUAUACGUGUCGUUUCUAAAAUAAUUUAUCAUUUAAUUUGUAUGUGAAGUGAGCAAGAAUUAUUCAUAAUUGGAGAUAAUUCAGAUCUGGAUGAAAUUUAUAUCAAAUGAUAAUUUGCAAAUAAUUAUAUCAAUUAAUGUUAAUCGUUAUUCGAUAAAUAACGAUGAUGUUCUUUCAAAAAAUUAGAGGCAAAACGGAUAUUUGGAAUUGUUUAAGAAAAUUUCGAAAUAAUAUUUAGAAAGAAGAAUGUAUGAAUAAUUCAUAUCGUGAAACGACAGUUUAUUGUACGAGAAAGAUUAGGAUGUUUCCAAAAUGAUAUUAAAAAUUAAUUUUCGAGCAAUUUGAUUUAAUUGCGGAACGAGAUGAAAAAGAUAUAUGUUAAUAAUUGCGAAAUAAAGAUUCAAUUUAAAUUUCCUACGUGAAAUUAAUACGUACAUGAAUUGUGAUUUAUAUUUGGUUUAAUUUAUAUUCAAAAUGAAUGUGUAUAUUGUCGUUAUUAAUAGGAAUUUAUUAAAGCUUAUUAUCGUUUAAUAUCGGUAUGAAAUGUGUAAUAAAUUCAGAUAUAUAUUGAUUUGAGGGAAAUUUGCGAGAUAUUUACGAAGAUAAAGGUGUGUAUAUGCGCGUAAUUUUUCAAAAAUUGUGAUUGACGAAAUAAAUAUUUACGCGUUGAUCCCUGUUAUUUAUUGAUUUCGAAUGUAUUCAUGGAAAAACUUUUUAAAAAAAUGUUUAAAUAUCGUGCACGUUUUAAAAAGAUUGUAUGGAAGAGCACAAAAAAGGAUUGUAUCAA